AUGUCGGGAAAUGGGCGUAAUUCAGACUACACGGCGGUCAAUGUUGGAGGCCAGGACACCUCUCCAACACGAAGUGCUAAUGACCCUAAGAUUGAACGACUGCAGGAACAUGUCGACGAGGUCCAGCAGAUCAUGUCGCAGAACAUUGAUAAGAUAAUGCAGCGUGGCCAGAACUUGGACUACCUGGAAGACCGAUCUGAGGUGCUCUCAUCGAAUGCCAAUGAAUUUCGAGUUGGGGCUCGCCGAAUCUCGCGCAAGAUGUGGUGGCAGAACAUGAAAAUCAACAUCAUCAUUGGCGUUGUCAUUCUGGCAAUUAUUAUCAUCAUUAUCGUAUCGGCAACGUCAUCCAAAUAA